ACACCAUUUGAUGCUGAAUAGUGGGAGUGUCGGAGUUUUGCGGCGGAACUUCGGGUCCACAUCUAUUUGUUUUCAUUAAACGUCUGUUCGUCUCGACACUGCAUGUCUUGCAAGAAUAAACGUACACGUUUUAGUCGCGAAAGAGCUCUGAAUGCAGCGGUAUUCUCUCUCGCGGUGUGUUUUUGGCAAACACCAGAUUGCGGCUCGAUCUGUUGAACCUGGGUGCGGCAGAGGAAACAACAGCGCAAUCGAGAAUCAGUGGAACAGAAUAAGAAGAAGCUUAAAGUAUCCCCGUUAAACAUCUGUAACACAUACAUAAGACUAAAAACAUGCAGACGAGUUUUCUGUCCGUUUGCUUUUUACUUUUGGGAGGGGCCUUGGGUACAGAUGAGACUGUAUCAGUAAUGGAAGGAAAUUCUGUCACUCUACAAACCAACCUCACUGAAAUACUGAAUAGAGACACGCUACUUUGGGUGUUCGGGUCUAAAGAAUUUGUCAUCUCUCAAAUAACAAGAAAGGAUGAUUUAACCUCCAUUUACAUAACAGAUGAUGAGAGAUUCAGUGGCAGAGUGCAGGUGGAUCAAAAAACUGGAUUUCUCACGAUCAGAAACAUCAGAAUCAGAUACUCAGGACAAUAUAAGCUGACCAUUUCCAGAGAAAAGACCACCAUCAAGACAUUUAGUGUUUUUGUAUUUGCUGUAGUCGAAAAGACAGAUGGAGUGAAGUCUUUGUCAGUGAUGGAGGGAGAUUCUGUCUCUCUACAGAAGGACUCUACUGAAUUACAGAGGGAUGAUCUGAUAGUGUGGAGGUUUGGAGAUAAAGGCCUUCUCCUAGCUAAAAUUGAUGUAGAAACUAACGAGACUUUAUUAAAUGCUGAUGAUGAGAGAUUCAGAAACAAACUAAAGCUGGAUUAUCAGACUGGAUCCCUGACCAUCAAAAAUGCUAGAACCGAACACACUGGACUUUAUGAAGUACAAGUCAGUGGCCGCGAGAGCUCACAGCAGUUCCUGCUUUCUGUCACCGCUCCACAUCAUUCAGGUCUGCCUGCAGGAGCCAUAGCUGGAAUAAUUAUCAUUGUUCUGUUGAUGGCUGCAUUUGUAACUUUUAUUAUUGUUUAUUAUUAUUAUCGCCGCAAGAUCUCAAAACUAGAACAUGUGGAUGAAGUUGUAGUUGAAGCUAAAGUAGAAGCUGAAGUGAAAGAGAAGGAAGGAAGAACUCACUGUCUAAGGACUGGAAUGAAACUGCAGGAGGAUGAUGAGAUAAAGUGGUGGUUCAACACAAAUCUCAUUGCUAAAUUCAGUGGAGGUAACUUUACAUCAUAUGAAGAUGAUAAUGUGAGAUUCAAAGACAAACUGUGGAAAGCAGACAAAUAUGGAGAUCUGCUCAUCACGAACAUCCGGAGCAUUCACUCUGGAGUCUAUAAAGUGGAGGCCAAAGGCAAAUCCAAGAUAAUAACUGUUACUGUCGAAGAUAAUGAAGUGCCAGUGGAGGUGGGAGAUACUCUAAUUUUCAACACUCAUGUUGAAACAAAGCCUGGUGAUCUGAUUUUGUGGACGUUUGGAGCUACACAUCAACUCAUUAAAGCUGAAUCAGGAGAGAUCAGUAUUAAUGAUGAGAGAUACAGAGACAGACUGGAGCUGGACACUCAGACUGGAUCUCUGACCAUCAGAAACAUCACAGAUGAAGACUAUGGAUAUUUUCAUCUACAGAUCAUCAACAAAGAACGGACGAGAUUCAGGAGAUUCAAAGUUGUCAAAAAAACCACAAGAAGGAAUGUUUCGAAUGAACAACAAGAAGAGAGAAUACCGCUGCAACCAAGAUAAAUGGUUUAACUUGACUUUUCAGUAACACUUUAAAAUAAUGGUCCAUUACUCAAUAACGUGAACACAGAGCAUUAAGUAAUGUUAACAAGCACAACAUUGGAUUUUAAAAAUGCAUUAGUAAAUGUUAAACUAUGGUUAAUAAAUGCUAUACAACCUUAUUCAUACUUAGAUAAUGUUAGUAAAUAAAUACAUUAGCUAAAAUUAAAUGAUGGACCAUUAUUCUAAAGUGUUAUCGACUUUUCUUUAUUUAAAAUGUGAUCUCUUUAAGUUAAUAUUUACUUACGGACUCUGAGGAAGAGUAAAAGCAAACUGGCAUUUCACACAAAUAUCAGAAGUGUCACGGAAGGCUGAUCUCAGGGUCUCGAAAGGUGCUGGUAAAAAACAACAAACUAGAAACAAAACACUGAGUGUGGGGAAGUAAAAUUCAUCAUUAGUGGGCAGACAGUCAGGGGCGAACCACAUGACACCAGAACCCAUUUCACAAAGUUGGACAAACUCUUGAGGGCCUUCAUUACACAGCUGCGAUCAAGCACUGAGUUCAGUACAGCAAACAGAAAAUUACAUAAGCAGUCAUUCGGGAAGGUAGUCUGAUGGGUGAGAUCUGGGAGAUAAAUAAAUAAAAAAAUCAAUACACUAGAAACAAAACACUGGGAGAGAAAAAAACACAGAAAACUCUAUUGGGUUUCGUCCUUCGUCUUUUCAAACUAUUAUAGUUAGAAAUUUUUAUACUUUCCAUAUAAACAUCAGCAUUUUUUAAAUAAUCAUGUAGCUUCUUUCAUAGUAAAAAUCAUCAUAUAAAUAUCUUUACAUGCCUCUGUCACCAGCAGAAUCAUCAAAUUUUAGAAAGUUUUUCAGUAAAGUCUGUCAUCAUCAGCGGUUAUAAUUUAAGCUUAUUUAUGGUUCAUGUACAGUACAGAUCACUUGCUCACAUGCUGUCUAAUAUGCUUUUUUUUUUUACAAAGAGCAACUUACUUUUAAUCUAAACCUAUUUAUUAGUGUCUAAAUAUAAGCUUAGCACAUUAACUCACAAAGAUCUCAGACGACCCAAGACUGUUCUGCAAAUAAUUUUUUUGCAAGCUGAUGCAACAUAUUUUACUUGACCUGGACAACAUUUGCAUCAUUAUAAUGAUUUAGAACUUUAUCUUCAACAUCUGACCACUGUUUGUGAUAAAAACCCCAUCAGCGAUCAGAUGUGCAAAAUUAAUAAUUGUUAACAUGUCAUAUGUCAUAUGUUGUACAGUAAAACAGCUCAUCAAUAUACUGUAUAUAUAUAUAGCUUUUAUGCACUUUAUUUGGAAAAAUGUUUUUUUGCCCGUUUAUUUAAUUUGUGUUAUGCAGAAUUUUUUUGUAAGAUCAUUUGCUGCUCAUUUGUCAGUCAGAUCAUGUUUUGAUAACUAACUCUUCUUCUCCAAUUACAUUUUUUUUCUCCAGUCUCAGUUGUACUGCAGAGUGUAAACAAAUACAGAGAAACAACUCUACAUAUAAAAGAUGAAGCUUACAAGGGAAUGAUUUGCGUAUGGAUUUAAUGCGGUUUUGGGAGAUUUAUAUUAAUCAUUAUAUUAAAAAAGAAGAUAUUUACAUUUGUCAAAAGAGACAAUGUGACUGUGAAUAUACAAUCAGCUUAAAAUACAAAAUUUUAGAGGUUAUAUGAGCAAUUCUGUGUAAAUGUCAACCUUGCCAUGAAAAAAAAUUGGUUUUCACCAAAAUACAGAAACGGUUUCUAAGUUUUUUGGGUAAGAAAGUACUUUAGAAAUACUCAAAAAUGCAUUUGUCAAUGUUUUCAAACUAUUCUAUUUGAUUAACCAAAAUCACACAAGUGGCAAUUUCUGAAAUUCUGUCACAUCUAUAAAGGAGAGAUGUCACAUCCAUAACGACACUUUUUCCUCAUAAAUGUGACAAAAUUAAAUAUAAUAAAAUCGAUAUUUUUUUUAUAUAGAGAG